UUCCGGUUAAACAUCACCCAGUUUUUUUUUUUUUUGGUGUGGUGAUAAAAAAAGCAAAAAAAAAAAAAAUAAAAAAAUAAACAAAUAAACAAAACAAAACAAAAAAAAAUCAAAGGAAAAAAAACAUAAACAAAAGUUUAUUUUUACAACAAGAGAGAAAAAAGUGAUUUUUCUCCCGGACAAAAUAAACAUGAAAGUGUUCUUCGCAUUUGCGGCUCUCGUGGCCGUGGCCAGUGGCCAACUGUUCAGUGACAUCAACGAAAUUCCAUUACCACCUCAUUACGAAACAACCAAUGAGGUGAAAGAAACGAACAACAACAACAACAACAACAUCAACGAUGUGAAGCAGUCUUUCAGUGGAUAUCAAUAUCAAAAACCAAAAAAUUCCUUGCCUUUGCCAACUGAGACGAAACCGGAAGUGAAAAAAUCUGGUUAUGAAUAUCCAAAACCAUCGGCUCCUUUGGUAUUGCCAACCGAAACGAAACGAAAAGUAAUCAAACCCGACGGUUACCAGUAUCCGAAACCUUCAGCUCCAUUGGUUUUGCCAACCGAAACGAAACCGAAAGUGGUUAAAGCUGACGGUUACCAAUACCCGAAACCUUCUGCUCCUUUGGUUUUGCCAACCGAAACGAAACCGAAAGUGGUUAAAGCUGACGGUUACCAGUAUCCAAAACCAUCAGCUCCUUUGGUUUUACCAACCGAAACGAAACCGAAAGUAAUCAAAACAGACGGUUAUCAGUAUCCGAAACCAGCGGCUCCAUUGGUUUUGCCAACCGAAACGAAACCGAAAGUGGUUAAAGCUGACGGUUACCAGUAUCCAAAACCAUCAGCUCCUUUGGUUUUACCAACCGAAACGAAACCGAAAGUAAUCAAAACAGACGGUUAUCAGUAUCCGAAACCAGCGGCUCCAUUGGUUUUGCCAACCGAAACGAAACCGAAAGUGGUUAAAGCAGACGGUUACCAGUAUCCAAAACCAUCAGCUCCUUUGGUUUUACCAACCGAAACGAAACCGAAAGUAAUCAAAACAGACGGUUAUCAGUAUCCGAAACCAGCGGCUCCAUUGGUUUUGCCAACCGAAACGAAACCGAAAGUGGUUAAAGCCGACGGUUACCAAUACCCGAAACCUUCUGCUCCUUUGGUUCUACCAACUGAAACGAAACCGAAAGUUGUGAAAACCGACGGUUACCAGUAUCCGAAACCAUCGGCUCCUUUGGUUUUGCCAACCGAAACGAAACCAAAAGUAAUCAAACCCGACGGUUACCAGUACCCGAAACCUUCUGCUCCAUUGGUAUUGCCAACCGAAACGAAACCGAAAGUUGUGAAAACCGACGGUUACCAGUAUCCGAAACCAUCGGCUCCUUUGGUUCUCCCAACCGAAACGAAACCGAAAGUAGUGAAACCAGACGGUUACCAGUACCCGAAACCAGCUCAACCACUUGUUUUGCCAACCGAAACGAAACCGAAAGUAGUGAAACCAGACGGUUAUCAAUAUCCAAAACCAUCGCUGUCAUUUGAUUUUUAAUUGCAAAUUGUGUAAAUAAAAAAUUUUAAAAUAGUGAAACAAAAAUUUUUUUUAAAGAACAUGAUUUUUUUUUCUAAAUUUCAAAAUUAGUAAAUAAAUAAAUAGAAAUUAUCGAAAAACGAAAUGAUAAAUAUUGGUCAUGUAUAUUUCUUUUUUGAUAAAAUUGUCAAGAUUAAUUACUA